CCGUCCCUUAAAUUUAGUUUGGGUUGCUCCAGCUCGUGUUGUUGUUGGAAUUACUGAGCAUAGUGUGCCAAUUCAGAACUUACACAAACUGAGCCACACAAAAAACAACAACAACAACAAAUUGGAAAACAAAUACCAACCAGCUUGUUGACAACUUGCAGACACACACGCGCGAGCGCGCAACUCCUACGGCUCCUGCCACGUGUGGGGGGGGGUGGCGUUCUAAUGGUGGCCCCACUUAAUGGUUAGCGCGAAAAAUAUUGUUGUUAUUGUGUUUUCCCUCAUAAGUGGACACAAGGCAAAAGCUCAGUCAAACUUUGGCAGGCGAGCGUGCAAGGACGAAACCCAACGAACGGACUUGGCGCGCUACUUCUGGUCGGUGAAAAUUGAGCUGGAACAUGUCAUCCCGGUUUGGACAGGUUUGAUACCUUCGUGCAAUGAAUGAUGGGCUGCGGUUCGUCCAUGGAGACGCAAUCGGCCAGCACAGAACUGCGACUGCAACAAAAUGGUGUAACGAACAUUAUCGAUGAAUAUGUGAGGUUGGAUGAGCAGAUCAGCAAGUUGGAGGGCAGUUGUCCGGGUCCCAGAAUGGCCACAGCCGAGGCCUGGAUCGAGCACCUGCAGGGCAAACAUGAUGCGAUGUUGGGGCUGGAUGGCAUGGAGGUGGCACAGCGGCGACAGGAGGAGCAGGACACCCCCGACAUAGAGGCUCUAACGCUGCCCAGCUACCCACAGAGACGGGGGGAGCGUAAUCAAAUUGUGGCCAGCACGCCCACCAAGGACCUGGCCCAACUUGCAUACAAUUUGGGCGUGAUUGGCGACACACGCAAGGCUUCCAUGCACGAGGAUUUCUUUGCCAACCUGAGCGAGUCUGCCCUUUAUUUGCUCAGCAUACGAUACUAUGGGGAGCUGUUGGAGCACACCAAGGAACGCCUGAAGACGCUCGCCGAGAGUUAUGCGGAGCUGAACGAGCUGUAUGUGAGGCAGGAUGGUAUCAUAGCGUACAUUAGUGGCGGCACCUACAUGACCCGCCUGGAGGAGACCAUCGAUGAGCAGCUGGAGACGGCACGCGACACACGCGACAAGCUGGGCAGCACUCUGGAGCAGUGGCGCAUCUGUGGCCUGCUGCUAAGAGCGGCAGCCAACUCCUCCACGCAGGCACUGAAGCAGUGGCGUCAGCUUAGCAGAAUUAUUGAUCCCAAGCAAAAGCUGCAAUGGGCGCUGGACUGUCGAAGUCUUCUACAUGCCUCAAUGAUCUCCCUGGAGGCUGCACAGCUGGCCCUGCCCCACGUGGAGCUCAAGUACAUGAGUCACCGCCAAGUGCUGGCCGUCAAGCACUGCAAUACCUACCUGAUCACGGACAUAGCCAACAAGGCGCGCUAUGAGCACACCAGCCGUGUCUUUGGCACCUACGAGUCCAACAUGUCCAAGACCUGCACGUGGCUCUACGAGACAUUCAACAACACGCUUCGCCUUGACUUUGACAAGGCCGAGCGCACUGUGUCCCGCUUGUCCAAGACACUGCGUGACCAUCGUGGUGAGGUCUUCAUUACAGUGCGCAAAUGAGAGAACAAUUUGUGUUUUGUUUUUGGCUUUACUCUAAUAAACAUAAGGAUAGUUAGUACCAAUAGCUCUUGGCUGGCGUACGUUCCUCUUUGAUGCCCAUUU